CGUACGAGUGACUUUGCGUGACAAUAAACUGCUCGAAGCAUCAUGCCACCUAAAGCAACCGGAAAGGCAGUCAAGAAAGCUGGGAAGGCCCAGAAAAAUAUCAGCAAGACCGACAAGAAGAAGAAACGCAAGAGGAAGGAAAGCUAUGCCAUUUACAUUUACAAGGUACUGAAGCAAGUACAUCCGGAUACUGGAGUCUCCAGUAAAGCUAUGAGCAUCAUGAACAGCUUCGUCAACGACAUCUUCGAGCGCAUCGCCGCCGAAGCUUCCCGAUUAGCCCAUUACAACAAACGUUCUACCAUCACGUCUCGCGAAGUACAAACAGCCGUGAGGCUGCUUCUACCAGGAGAACUGGCCAAGCACGCUGUCAGUGAAGGCACGAAAGCUGUCACCAAGUACACCAGUUCCAAGUAAAGCUGCUUGGUUCAAUUACGAAUUUUCAAAUACCGGUCCUUUUCAGGACCAUAAAAAGUUCUUACGUUAGCUUCAACAUUCACAGCAUAUCUCCUUAAUUAAUUUUCCAUCCUUAUAUAAAAUCUAUAAUCUCUUACACUCCAUUUCGUGAAAGACGGUACUAUUCCAGUUUUUAAGUAACAUAUUAUUUUAUGAGUAUCAUUUUAUAUAUUUUCAACUUUAUAUCAUUGUACUUUUUAAAGCAGGUAGAGAAUUGGGAAUACCGAUAUAUGAAGAAAAGAAUGAUGAAAGUAGUUCAAACUUCGAAAAAAGCAACAUUACGAUUGAAAAACAACACUUAAAGUAGUUCUCGUGUAAAACCAUUUUCGUCCGAUUGUUUCAACCUAAUUGUUUGAAAUAAAUAAUACCUGUAAAAUGAA